UCGGACAGGUUGUAUUAUCUUGACCAACUUUUAGAGGGAGAGCCUAAAGAGCUUAUAGAAGGGUGUUUGUAUUUGGACCCUGGGGUAGGGUACGAUGAAGCUCGGAGACUAUUGAAGCAAGAAUAUGGCGAUCCUUAUAAGAUUUCUAUUGCUCAUGUGAACAAAGUUUGCGAGUGGCAACCAAUUCGAGCAGAUGACAGUCAUGGUUUGCGAAAGUUUGCUAAGAACACGAUGCAAAACAUUGAUCAUCUCACUGUUUUGGGCCACGCUCAAAAUAUGCAGUGUAUAGUUUCGAAGCUCCCAAGUUUUCUGCAGAAUAAGUGGCGCGAUUUGGUUACUAAACGGGAAAAACAAGAGAAGAAAAUCGUGCGCUUUGAUGAUUUAGUUGAGUUUAUUGUAACCGCGGCAGAGACGGCGAACCACCCAGUUUACGGAAAGGCUAUCUUUAAGCCAGAGACCAAGCAAACUCGAAGUGGUGACAGAAAGCAGAGUCCGCACCCGAUUCCAAAGAAGAAAAGUGAUUCGUUUGCUACGGAUGUUAUUGCUCCUACUGUUUCAUCUCACAUCAGCGAAGCGUCUAGUCCACCAACCUCUGGUUCCCAGUCUUCCAAUGCAGCAUGCUCCUCAACAACUGACACAUGUUUGUAUUGUAAGGAGAACCAUGAUAUUGAUGUAUGUAAAAAGUUCAAGGAAAUGUCUUUGAAAGAAAGAAGAAACUUUGUCAAAGAGAAGAAUGUAUGUUUUGCUUGCUUUCAAUGUGGUCAUGUUUCUAAAGGCUGUUUGAAUAAACGAACAUGUAAAACUUGUGGCAAUAAGCACCCACUUCUAUGCAUAAUGAAAGCCUUGAAAAAAAGUCUGAAGGCGGUCAAGCCAAUACUGUGAACUCUGCUCGUGUAAAUCUAACUGAUACCAAUAAAGUUAGUAACUCUGUUGUGCUACAUACGAUAAUCCCUGUCAAUCCCUGACCAGUAAGAACAAUAGAAAGACUGUCGUCGAAACGUAUGCCUUUUACGAUGGAAGGAGUAGUGGCUGUUUUAUCACCGAAGACCUACGCCAGCAACUUGGUGAAGAUGGAGUAAGGACAUCAAUUC